AUGCUUUGCUCCACUUUCUCACACCAACCUCAAAUUCUCACGAUUCAAAAGGAUACACAAAACCUUCAAACAAAUUUCAAUACCCCAUUUGAACUCAAACAAGCACACGCUCUUCUAAUCAAGACUAAUGCUUCUCUCUCCAACCUUCCUCUCACUCGCGUAGCACUCGUUUGUGCUCUCACACCCAGUUUCUCUUACGCCCACCAAAUCCUUCACCGCUCAGAGAUCCCAGAAAUCGUUACAUGGAACACUUGCCUUAAAAUCUUCGCCGAAAGCGAUUCUCCACAACAUGCUAUCUUCCUCUUCCGUCGUUUGCGCCAAAUGGGUACCCUCCCUGAUCAUUUCACCUGCUCCUUCGUUCUCAAGGCAUGUACCCAUUCUUUGGACAUUGUCAAUGGCAGAAUCGUUCAUGGGUAUGUGGAAAAACUUGGGUUUCAAAGUAACUUGAUUUUGCAGAACAUGGUUAUCCACUUGUAUGCUAUGUGUGGGGAAAUGGGUGAUGCACGGCUUCUGUUUGAUAAAAUGACGCAACGAGAUGUUGUUACAUGGAAUAUAAUGAUAAGCCAGUUGAUUAAGGUGGGUGAUGUUGGUGGUGCUUAUGAAUUGUUUUCUUUGAUGCCCCAAAGGAAUGUGCGAUCAUGGACGUCAAUGAUUUCUGGGUUUGUUCAAUGUGGUAAGUCAGAGGAAGCUGUUGAUUUGUUCUUGGAGAUGGAAAGGGAAGGUUUGAAUCCAAAUGUUGUGACAGUGGUGGCUGUUCUUGCUGCUUGUGCUGAUUUGGGUGACUUGGAGUUUGGCAGAAAUGUUCAUUGGCUCGCGAUUCAAAAUGGGUUUCGUGGGAAUGUUCAUGUUUGUAACACUCUGAUUGACAUGUAUGUCAAAUGUGGAUGCAUGGAGGAGGGUUAUAAAGUUUUUGAUGCCAUGCGAGAACGAAGUGUUGUGUCAUGGUCCAUCAUGAUUGCAGGGUUUGCAGUGCAUGGUAAAGGAGAGAAGGCUUUGGAAUUGUAUGGUGAGAUGAUUAGGUCAGGUAUAAAACCAAAUCAUGUGACUUUCACUGGGCUCCUACAUGCUUGCAGUCACAUGGGAUUGGUUGACAAGGGUCGUGAGUUUUUCACUAUCAUGACUCAAGAUUAUGGGAUAGAGCCUAAAAUCGAGCAUUAUGGUUGUUUGAUUGAUCUGUUUAGUCGUGCAGGGCUCUUGAAAGAGGCUCAUGAGGUUAUUUUAAACAUGCCCAUGUCACCUAAUGGAGUCAUUUGGGGGGCUUUGCUUGGUGGAUGCAGGCUUCAUAAGAACACUGAAUUGGCAGAGGAAGCUAUGAGACAUAUUUCUAAAUUGGAUCCGCUCAAUGAUGGAUACUAUGUAGUUCUGUCAAAUAUCUAUGCAGAAGCUGGAAAAUGGGAAGAAGUGGCUAAAAUCAGGAUAUUGAUGAAAAAUAGAGGGGUGAAGAAAACACCCGGAUUCAGUAGAAUCACAAUAGAUGGAGUGGUUCAUGAGUUUGUAGCUGGGGAUGAGACUCAUCCUCAAGCUGAGCAGAUAUUUGAGAUGUGGGCAAAACUACUAGUGAAGAUGAAGGUACAAGGGUAUAUACCAAAUACUUCACUUGUCCUACUUGAUGUGGAGGAUGAACAGAAGGUGAAGUUCCUUUUUCGCCACAGUGAAAAAUUAGCUCUUGUAUAUGGUUUGAUGAACACCAAACCUGGAAUGCCAAUUAGGAUAAUGAAGAAUCUUCGUGUGUGUGAGGAUUGUCAUGUUGCUUUUAAACUACUAUCAGCCAUUGAAAAUCGAGAAAUUGUGCUACGUGAUCGGAAUAGGUUUCAUUGUUUUAAAAAUGGUAUUUGUACUUGCAAGGAUUAUUGGUAGGCAACCAAAAUAACAUUGCAUGUUAAGGGAAAAGUUGAACACUAUCUUAUUCAUACA